GUGACCACAACAAACAAUGCCGUCAAAACCUCGGGUGACACUUUGUUACGGACCUUAUGAAUCCAGCGGAAUCGUGCAGCACAGGACCUUCAGGCUGCAGGGUCUGCAGGCCGCUCUGACAGCGCGCGGACACCAGUGUGUCCUCGAGGAGACGGACGAGUGGAACAUGGUGGAGCUACAGGUGAACGGGGAGCUGGUGUUCACGUGUCACAUCCAGCAGCUGGAGUUUGGUGGAGAUGGAACACUAGAUCCUGUUUGCAGAGAAGCUGUCGCUGCUGUGGAGAAUUCUUGCUGAAGGUGAUCUCAAAGUAAAAAUAA